GCUGUGCGGGGAUGAGGACGCGCCCUUAAAAGCAAGGGCCUUGCGAGAAAGAGGUUCCACACAGACAGCCACAUCACUGCGACUCCAGCAUGCUGCGCGCCUCCGUGCUCCUCUGCGUCCUCGCCGCGUGUUCGUGCGCGCCGCUGCGUUCCUGCGAACCCAGAGAUCAAGCUUUAGGAAGAUGCGAUGGAAGACCAGUAAAAGAUAAACUGCAGUGCACAGACAUGGUGCUGAGCUACUGCCAGGAUGUGCCCUACAGGCAGAUUGUCUUCCCCAACCUCAUUGGGCAACAGUCCCAACAGGAUGCUGAGCAGAGCACAGAGUACCUGUUGCUUAAUGUGCUGCAAGGCCUAUUGGGGGGCGAGUGCUUGCCUGAGCUACGCCUACUCGGAUGUUCUGUGUUGGCUCCACAAUGUCGGAACAAUGCCAGAGUCAAGCCAUGCCGCAGCUCAUGUGAGGCAGUGAAGAAGAACUGCGUGCACGCUUUUGAGGCCAUCCGCAUGGCCUGGCCCUACUUCCUGGACUGUGAUCGUUUCUUUGCAGCUGAGGAAGAGGGCUGCCACGAUCCGUUGUCUGAGCUCAGAGCCAGGCAAGAGGCCACCCUCUCCAGCCUCUCCAAUGGGGGCCAGGCUACUGUUCUUCAGUUCACAUAUCACACUAAUGCUCAAAUGUUCAGCAUCCUGAAGAAAACGGCAGCCAAAUGUCCUGAGAUCUCCCGAACCUACAGCAUUGGCCGUAGCGUGGAAGGAAAGGAUCUGCUGGUCAUUGAGUUCUCCAGUAAUCCUGGACAACAUGAGCUAUUGGAGCCGGAGAUUAAGUUGAUCGGGAACAUGCAUGGGAACGAGGUUUUGGGCCGGCAACUGCUCAUUUACCUGGCUCAGUACCUGUGCUCGGAGUACCUGCUGGGCAACGAGCGCAUUCAGAGCCUCAUCAACAACACACGCAUCCACCUGCUGCCCUCCAUGAACCCAGAUGGCUAUGAGAUUGCCGCCUCUGAGGUAGCCGAUAGCAACGAUCCUGAAAACACCAACCCAGAAGGUCACUUCUAUAACGGUUGGGUCAGCGGCAGAGCCAAUGCUCAGAACAUUGACCUGAACCGCAACUUCCCUGAUCUGACCUCCAUUUAUUACAACCGACGACGUUUCAUCCGAUUCCGCACUGACCACCUCCCCAUCCCUGACUCCUACUGGUUGAAUAAGGUAGCUCCAGAAACCUAUGCUGUGAUGAAAUGGAUCAGGUCCAUUCCAUUUGUUAUUUCUGCCAGUUUACACGGGGGAGAGCUCGUCAUCUCGUAUCCCUUUGACUUCUCUAGACACCCUCAGCAGGAGAAAACUUUCUCUCCCACUCCUGAUGAGCAGAUAUUUAAGCAGUUGGCCAGAAUCUAUGCAGAUGCUCAUGUGACAAUGUCCAGCAAUGAAACACAGAGAUGUGGAAGCUUAUUCACCAACAGAGGUGGCAUCACCAAUGGAGCUCAAUGGUACAGCUUUGCUGGAGGCAUGUCAGACUUUAACUACCUGCACAGUAAUUGUUUGGAGCUGACGGUGGAGCUCGGCUGUGAUAAAUUCCCUGCAGAGGAAGAGCUUUACCCAGAGUGGCGCAGGAACAAGGAAGCUCUGCUUAGUUUCAUGGAGUCUGUCCACAGAGGAAUAAAAGGUGUUGUGAAAGACAGAAAUGGGAAUGGAAUUAAAGGUGCCAUUAUAUCUGUUAGAGGGAUCCGGCAUGACAUCACCACAGCUGAAGAUGGUGACUAUUGGAGACUGCUGAUUCCGGGUGUCCACAUUGUAUCUGCCACAGCUCCUGGCUACUCUAAAGUAGUGAAGCGCAUCAAGCUGCCUUACACCAUGCAGACGGCGGGCCGUGUGGACUUUGUGCUAAACAAGGUGCCACUAGAACCUGACCAUGGCUACUUAUCCAUCCCUGAGCUGGAUAAUUAUGAGCGCUUUGACCCUUUUAACGCAUUCGAGCAGCACAAUGAGCCGGAUCGUGGUGCAAAUGGAGAAGAGAGGAGUGAGAAGCCUUGGUGGUGGGCAUACUUUAGCCAACUGGGGACGUCCCCUCCCACCUGGCUUCUCAGGAACUAUUAGCACCCUCACAUUGCUCCUUAUUCCCAUAACUGCCUCCUGUAUGCAAAUUAAUGCACCUUAGGUUUCAGUAAUUAUCAGGAAGAUUUGAAAUACAUAAUUCUUCAUCCCAUUCUCCUAUUCUGAUGUUAAAGUGGGGCUAAAAUGUAUUGUUUAUAAAAAUCUAACACUUAGGUUAGGUGAUGUCUCGGACUUGUUUUGGGACUGAACCUUAUGUGAUCUUGUGUUUAAAGCAGAGAUCACCAACCCCAUAUGAAAAUUCUAAUAACAGCUUAUUUCAAUAAUCGACGGCAGCUAGACAUUGCUUGGCUAGGGUAAAAUAUAUAUAUUUGUUUUUUCAUGCAGGCUUUUUAUGUGCAGGCACAUUAUGCCAAAACCUAUUUAAUGUUAUUGGAACCCUGGAUUUUUCUUUGAAUCAAACCGAUGUAUCAUCUGUUUUCCAUCAAAACACAUGGCCUACAAUUGCAAAUGGACUGGAAUAAUGAAGUUAGGGUGUAAAGAUCUGUUUUCUAUCAUUUCAUUUUUUCAUUUGAGGCAUCAACGAUUCCAUUUAUUAACCAAAAAUCUUUAAGCAUGAAAUACAUCAAGUGUAAACCUUUAUAAUUCUACUCAACAUUAGGUCUAAAUUCUGUAUACCCAGUUCUACUUUUGGUCUGAUCUCUGUGACAGAGGCCUAUUUGGGACAUAAUCUCUGGAACAGAGCACUGCAUUGGGGUUCAAAUCUGUAACCAAUUUGCGUCUACUUUGGUUCAAUAAUCUAACAAUACUUUGGGUCUAAUACAGUAAUAAUAUAAAUGCACAUGUACUGCUGUGAUAUUUCUAGCCCAAUUGUUAAGGCUUGUUAAAUUGUAAAACUUUAUUCUGAACCCUACAACUCAGGAUUUCUCUCCUUUAGGAAACUUGACUAACCAAAGAACCCUUGAAGAAACUUUUUUUUUUUUCUCAGACUGCAGCAAACAAUAUUGCAGCGAACAUUUGACAGGGCGUGUGCCUUUUCAGUGUACAAAAUGAAGGCAUUCAGUGUCAUAGCAUUUCACUUCAAAUAAAAUUUGCAACUGGAGCACUAUUUCCAGUUAUGGGAAUAUAUUUAGACUACAUCUGUUGCUGUGAUUUGUAUAGGGUCUAAUGCGUAUCUGAGCCUAUAUUGGGUAUAAUCUGUAUCUGAGCUCUACAUUGGGUCUAACCUGUAUUUGAACUCUGUGAUAGGUUUAAUCUGCUGCUGAGCUCUGUUGGGUCUAAUUUUUCUUUGAGAUCUACGCUCGUUCAAAUUUGUACUGUACUUCUGUACCUGAAAUCUAUAUUGGAAUUAAUUUCUUGCUCAGCUUUACAUUGGGUCUAAUCUGUAUUUCAACUCGUAUCUGUCUUUGGGCUCUACAUUGGAUCUCAUCUGUACCUGAGCUCUAUGUUCGGUCAAAUCUCUAUAACUGAGGUUUAUGCUCUGUCCUAAAUUUGUAACUGGUGUCUACACUGGAUCUAAUUAAAAAAAAAAUAAUCUUCCAUUGGUGCUGAUCACAGUCAUUGGGAAUUAUGUUGGGUCUAGUCUCUCAAGAUGAGGUCUACAUUUAAGAUCUAAUUACAAAAAUUAACAAAGUUUUACAUUGGAUCAAAUCUCUGUAUCUGAGGUCUAAAUUUGGUCUAAUCUCAGGCAUGUAAGAUUAUUUUGUGUCCAACCCUGUAGCCGAGGUCUGUGCUGUGUCUAAUUACAGUAAUUGAGGUUGGGUCUUUUGGGUCUAGUCUCUAAAACAUAUGUGAAAAUGCAAAUGUACUGCCCUAACAAUGAACUUUCCAGUCCAAUUGUUACAACUUGCCCUGCAUUGAGUAUAUGCAAAAAUGUAUAUUUUUUUUUUGUUAUGUCCACUGUCUUUGUUUUAGACAUUUGCGCAGUGUUUAUUAAAAUGUUGCUGUAUGG